AUGCAUGUAUGGCGGCCCUACACGCGCCCACUCGCCACCAUCACUCGUUCACUGUGUACCUCCGCCGCAACUCAUGAAUAUUCUGCUCCUGCCGCAUCACUAGCCUUCCGCGCCCAGGUCUCUCAAGCUCUCUCAGAGCACAACAAGUAUCGCCGCCCGGCCAUACCCUUCUACAAACUACGUGCUCACAGGGUGCCUACUUUAUGGACUCUGUACCGCGGACUGCUGAGGUUCGCGCCCAAUGAUCUGGUUCGAUGGCGUAUACGCAAGAUGUUCGAGCGACAGCAACACCUAACAGGUCCGCGCGCCACCAGAGUACAGCUGCAGAAAGCACAACGCUGGCUCGACAAAUUCAAACUCGCAUCCGCAGGCGAUCCCCACGCCGUAGCUCUCGUAAACCGAUACGCCCGUCUCCUCGCCAUACGAACCGAGAAAUGGCGCUGGGAGCGUCUCUUCCGGGACGAACAGCACUGGCGCGAACACCUCCGCAACCGCCCAAUCCUCACAGGAGCCUUCAUGCGUCCCUCCUUCCACAACGGUCCCCUCCCCCGCAUGAAACCCCAACCCAAACACAUCACAGGUCUCAUCGUCUCCCGCCUCCGCGCGCGCGUCAGGCGCGGCGAACAACAGCGCUUGCUAGCGGAGUGGAAACAAGAUGUCCAGGUUGAGGCUGUGCUGGAGAACCAAUUGCUGGGAGAGGAAGAUGUGAAGGAGAAGGGCGAGUUCGGUGGUGGAAGGGCGCAGGAAUGGCAUGGACCGAUGAACGACAAACUGCGUUUAAUCUCGAAAUCGUUCGAACUCGACGCACAACGCCGGUCUGCGCCUCCUACACCUGAGAUGCUGCGCCAAGUCCGUGCUGCGCGGUCAGAGAAGAUACGAAACAAGAUGGCUGAGAAGGAGAGGAUGAAGAGGGGCGAAGUGAAUAAUCGCGCGAUGAAGCAGAGGAGAAUGGGCUAUCCCGUCGGUGCAAUGGUUGAGUGGGAUGAAGAGAAGACGAGGGAGAUGGUCGCUGUGAGAAGGAGUGUGAGCGAGGUUGGAUGGCAUGGGGCGUUGAAGAAGAGGUUAGGGUGGAAAGUGAAGGGGGACGUUGAUGUUGAGGGCGCGACCAAUGAGAAGGUCGAGAGGCUGGAACGGGAGUUCCAGGAGGUUAGCGAACAACAGCUGGUUUCGACUGAGAGGUAG